CGACAACAGAAACCGAAACAGACCAUGCCAUAGCUGAUCUUUGUGCUUCAUCAACACUCGCCAUGCCUCAUUACACAGUCCCCAUCAGAACGACCGAGGGCCGCAACUCUCCGAAACCUCCUCCUUCCACCGUCCAUACCGUUAGCGAUCCUCCCUACCAGGGCCAGCUCACACCCGAUACGUCCACUUACCUUUCCUCCACUCCAGAUACGGCCAUCAUCAUCGACAAUGGCUCAUCUUCCAUACGCGCCGGCUGGCAAUCCGACACCUCUCCUCGUCUCGUCUUUCCUCCGCUCAUGGCGCGCUAUACCGAUAGGAAAUUGAAUCGUAAGCUGAACUUCAUCGGCUCGGAGAUCUUCUUUGAUGGCACCGCAAGAGGGCAGGCGAAGAACGUUUACGAACCUGGGAGCAAUAUUGUCAACAACUGGGAUGUGCAAGAGGGUGUACUGGAUUAUGUCUUCCUCAAGCUGGGACUGGGAGACAAUGGGAAGGAAGUCAUUGACAGGCCGAUUGUUAUGACAGAACCUCUGGCGAACACGCUCUACACGAGAAAAGUGAUGAGUGAGGUGUUGUUUGAGCUGUAUGGCGUGCCGUCGGUUGCAUAUGGAGUGGACAGCCUGUUCAGCUAUCAUCAGAAUGAGGGAAAUACUGGUCUGGUGGUGUCGAGCGCGAAUAUGAGCACGCAUCUGAUUCCUGUGGUGAAUAAGCAGCCUAUGAUCAGUGCCGCUACGAGGUUAGACUGGGGCAGAGCUCAAUGCGCGGCUUUUCUAGAAAGGCUGUUAAGGAUCAAAUAUCCCGGCUUGUUGACCACCGGGAAGGUGAACGAUACGCAAAUCGAGGACUUGGUUAGAAAGCAUUGCUACGUUAGUCGAGAUUACGACAAUGAGAUGAAAGGCAUGCUGGACUGGAGUGGCCUGGAAGAUCGAGAUCGCGUCGUGCAGCUUCCAUUCCAGGAGAAGGAGGUCGUGCAGAAGACGGAGGAGGAAAUCAAGCGGGCCGAGGAGAAAAGACGAGAGGGUGGCAGACGAUUGCAAGAGCAGGCUGCGAAGAUGAGGCUGGAGAAGCUGAUUCGCAAAGAAGAGGAAGUUGAGUACUUCAAGCAGGUGCAGCAGCAGAUUGCAGACGCGACAACCAAGAAAGAGAUUCGGGCAAUUUUGGAUGACGAAGAGUUCAAAGACGAAAACCAGCUCAACAAGAGGGUGAUUGAGAUGGAGAAGAGCAUACGGAAGCAAAGAAACAAAGAUGUGGGCGAUCUGGAAGAAGAGGUCGUCGAAGAGCCCACAUACCCACUGCUCGACAUCCCUGAUGCCGAUCUAGACGAAGAAGGCAUCAAAGCCAAGAGGCAACAGAAACUGCUCAAAGCAAACCAUGACGCGCGAGCUAGAGCAAAGGCUGAAAAGGAAGCAGAGAAGGCUCGCCAAGCAGAGCUACAACGACAAGACGAUUUGAGGCGAGAAGCGGAUCUCGAUAGUUGGGUAGAGGAGCGACGCGCGGCUCGUUCGGCGGUAAUACAAAAGAUUAGAGAACGCGAGCGCCUCAAGUCUGAGCUUGGAAAUCGCAAGUCGAUGGCUGCUCAGAUGCGUAUGAAGCAGAUCGCCAACCUCGCCUCUGAUCAGCCAACCAAGAAACGAAGGCGUGGUGGUAACGAUGACGAUGGAUUUGGUGCUGAUGACGACGACUGGAUGGUCUAUCGCGAGAUUCAAGCGGGCAAGGACGACGAUGAGGAAGAUGAAGAGGAAGACUUCCAAGGACAGCUCAAAACCAUUGAAGCACAACUACUUGCUCAUGAUCCCAAUUUCACAAUCGAAAGCACGCUCGAACAACAAAAGGACUGGACCAAAAGUCUGGUACAUGCUUUCACUCGCGGACCCUACCCUUUCGAUGCAGAAAGUGCCAAGGAAAGCAACCAAUUCCACCUCAAUGUCGAGCGAAUCCGAGUUCCCGAAGUCCUCUUCCAGCCGAGCAUAGCAGGAGUCGACCAGGCCGGUCUCGUGGAGAUUGCAGAGGACAUUGUGAUGCAGAGACUCUCAUCCCAUCCCAGCCGCAAUGACAUUUUGAAGGACGUCUUCGUGACUGGUGGCUACACUCUGUUCCAAAACUUCGAAGAGAGACUGCACGAUGAACUCCGCGCGGUCUUGCCCAGUGAAGUCGCACUGGGCGUGAGACGAGCUCAAGAUCCCGUCCUGGACGCUUGGAAAGGUGCGGCGAAAUGGGCGAGCACAAGCCCCAGUAGGAGAAGUUUUGUGACCAAGGAAGAAUGGCUCGAGAAGGGCGGAGAGUAUUUGAAGGAGCACAAUUUGGGAAAUGUAUUUACGUAGGUUUUCAGUGCCGCGGGAGAUGUGUUGAUAUUGUGGUUGUGGUGAUGGGUUAGGUACCUUAUGGUUCCAGCAGCAAGCGUUGGCGUUCCGGAUUGAUUCAUGGAUGCUGGUCAGAUACAAAAUACCUACCUACCUACUUACGACUGACUACCUUAUUAUUGAGACAGUCCGGUAGAUUUUUUCUCGAAUUCGAAAAC